AUGGCAUUUGAGACACUGGCUGCUUUGGAGGAGUCCGUGACCUUUGAGGAUGUGGCUGUGAAGUUCACCUCAGGAGAGUGGGCUUUGUUGGAUUCCAGUCAACAGAAGCUCUACAGAGAUGUGAUGAUGGAAACCUUCUUGAACCUGAUCUGCAUAGAGAAAGGACUAGAAGAACAUAUUGAAGAGGACUACAAAGAUCUCUGCAGAAAUCUGGGAACUCAGGUGGUUGAGAAAGACUGUGGAUAUGAAUGUGAUACUCGGUGUGAUGACAACUGUCAACCAAUUCCAAAGAAUAAGAUUAAUGAAUACAUGCCUCAUAUAAUAAGAGGAUAUGAAAGCCUAUGGCAUGUAAGAAACAUCAUAGACCAUUCAUUCUCACAUGUGUAUCUCAGAGUCCAACCUAGAGGGAAGCAACCUCAAUGUAAGGAAGCUUUUAUACAUCAGAAACAUUGGGAAAAUAUCAGUAAUUCUGAAUCUCUUCAGGUACUUGAAACUUUUCCUAGAGAGAAACCUUACAAGAAUCAGCAAUGUAAGGAAGCCUUUAGGAGUCUCCCUUCUAAUAAGCCUCACAAGAGAAUACAACGUGGAGAUAAAUUCCAUCAGAACUUAUUAAGGAGAUAUACAGAUAGCCCGAAAGAUGAUGGAAUCCACACGGAAGUGAAAUCAUUUGUUCAUAAGCACAGUGAAGAAGCCUUUAUUGAUCCCAGUAACCUUAUCAACCCUGAAAAAGGUCCUAUUGGAGAGAAAAGGUACAUUUGUAAGCAGUGUGGGAAAACAUUUAAAUAUGCUUCAUGUUUUGAGAAACAUAAAGUAACUCACAGAGAAGAAAAGCUGUACACAUGUAAGCAUUGUGGAAAAGCCUUUACCCGAUCCAGUUAUCGUAACAUUCAUGAAAAGAGUCACAGUGGAGAGAAACCUUAUGCAUGUAAGCACUGUGGCAAAACCUUUGCCAUUUUGAGUUCAUGUAGCACUCAUGAAAGGAUUCACACUGGAGAGAAGCCUUAUGCUUGUAAGCAUUGUGGGAAAGCCUUCACCAGUCUAACUUCCUGUAGAAUUCAUGAAAGAAUUCACAGUGGAGAGAAACCUUAUGCUUGUAAGCACUGUGGCAAAACCUUUGCCAUUUUGAAUUCAUGUAGCACUCAUGAAAGAAAUCACACUGGAGAGAAGCCUUACGCAUGUAAGCAUUGUGGGAAAGCAUUCAGCCAUUCCAGUUAUCGCAACAUUCAUGAAAGGGGUCACACUGGAGAGAAACCCUAUGCAUGUAAGCACUGUGACAAAACCUUUGCAAUUUUGGGUUCUCUUGUCACCCAUGAAAGAACUCACACUGGAGAGAAGCCUUACUCAUGUAAGCAUUGUGGAAAAGCCUUCACCCAAGCCAGUUAUUGCAACAUUCAUGAAAGAAUUCACACUGGAGAGAAACCUUAUGCCUGUAAGCACUGUGAUAAAGCCUUCACCAAUUCCAACGCUUGUACCAUUCAUGAAAGAAUUCACACCGCACAGAAGCCUUACACAUGUAAGCAUUGUGGGAAAGCCUUCACCCAAGUCAGUUCUCGUACCAUUCAUGAAAGAAUUCACACUGGAGAGAAGCCUUAUGCAUGUAAGCAUUGUGGGAAAGCCUUCAGCCAAGCCAGUUACCGUAACAUUCAUGAAAGAAUUCACACUGGAGAGAAGCCUUAAACAUGUAAACAUUGUGAAGAAACCUUUGCCAAUUUCAGUUGGUAUAUCACUCAUGAAAGGAUUCACACUGAGAGACAACUUAUGCAUGUAAGCAUUGUGGAAAAGCCUUCUCCCACUCUAGUUAUUUUAACAUUCAUAAGAGGUGUCACACUGAACAGUAGUUUUAUUUAUAUUAUAUAAGUAUGGUGGAAAAGCCUUCUUGGUAAUUAGAUUCAUGUGAGUAGCCAUUUUCUGGAUGUCAUUUGUAUAGACUUUGUUCCCCAAAGUUUUAUAGUUUCUGUGUGUCUGUUGUGUUUGUGUGUAUGUGCCCAUGCAUGUAAGUGCCUGAGGUCAGAAGAGGGUGCAGGAUCCCCUGGAACUGGAGUUAGAAGCAGUUGCAAGCUGAGUGAGCAUCGUACUAGGAUGCAAACGGCAGUACUUUGGAGGAGCGGCAAGUACUUUUAAUCUUGACACAGUCUCACCGUCAACUUCAUUUAUGGAUAUUCUAUGGUUUGUACUUCUCAGUAUUCUUCAAGUACAGAACUGGAGUUUUCUUUUUCAGUUUUUACUGAUGCUUUUAUUUUUUUGGCUGAUUCAUGAAUAUCUAAAUAUUUCAGUAAU